AUGAGCCAAUCUCUAAACUCAUGUAUCAAUGAGAUCAACCAUGCGGUGGACUCUCUAUCUGGACUUAAGUUCAAACCUCCAGGAAUUUUUCACAACGCAGUAAUACAUCAUAUCGUAUCUGACAAAGAUAAAAGAAUCACAAAACUUCUUAGAGAUGGUAUUGAAAGAGAGGAACUUUCCCUAUUCAAAAUUGAUCCAAAAGAUGGAAUAUUAAGAAGAAGAGAUGGUAAGGAAGGGGUAUUUGAUCAUCUUACUGAACGCGAUGUAAGAGCUAGGAGAAAUCGAAGAUUAGGAGCCAUUGAUUCACAUCCUGUCAUUCAAAUUCCGAAGGACUUUUAUCUGAAACAACAUGACAGUGAACUAUCAAAUAAAAGGAGAAGAACAAAGAACAAUAUGUUCUUAGAUGUGGAUAAUGCUACAUCAACAAAAAUAUCUAAUAAUACUACCGGUGCUUUCAAACUGUUAUUUUCAAAGUUUAAAGAUGAUGAGGAAGUUACGCGAUUGUUGCAUGCACUGCAGAAUGGAAGUGUUUUUAUAGAAGAUGAUUCUACGCCGGGACAAAGCAAUAAAAGAAGAACUACAAUGUUUGUAGAGGAUUUCUCAUCCAGUUUAAUAUUCAAGGUUCUGAACGAAAUAGACAACUUAUGGUCCUUGGCUGAUUUUAAAGACGAGUACGUUGUGCUUCAAGAAGCAUAUAACGAAUUAGUUUCUCAAACAAAUAUGCUAAGAAGUGAAAUCAAGACACAAGAGAAUGAAAUAGAGCAACAAACCCGUACGAAAUAUAAUAUCUCUCCUUCUGCUGACGUUUCAAGAUUGAUAGCCAAGAAAAGAAGGGAAAUAGAAGAAAUGGAAGCUGAAAUUAAAAACAUCGAAGCAACAAAGAUAAACGAAAACUCAACCACAGAAUGA